UGUUCUUAAUGGUUCUAAUCUCACUUUUAAAUAUUUUGUUCUCUGAUAGGUUUUAAACACAGUAGCGAGAACUUCUCUGCUUGAUGGUCCUCUCAAGCAACUCAACAAAGGUUCGUGUGGUCCUUCGCUUAGUUAGUGUAUUUAAUUUUUGAACAUUUAGUUUAGCCUUUGCUUAAUCUUGGUUCUUUUUUUGUGGAAGGAGGCUCUCGUAUAGCGCCAUUUAUAGUGAAACGAGAUGCCAAUAACCACAGCAGAGACAACAACGAUGAGAUAAUGUGGCAUAACUUUACUUAGUUUUUAGGUUUAGUUUGCUUGAGUUGGUUGCACCGGUUUAAUGUAGGUUCAAUGCAAUGAUAGAUUUGAUGGAGUUGUAAUUCAAGUCUGAUAGAUUUGAGUCGCUUUUAAUGCUUUGUUAGAUAGGUUUGUAAUUUAAUGGAAUUAAGUCUGAUGGUGUUUGUUAGUUGGGUUGAUGUGUUUAACGUUUGGUGGUUGUGGUAGUAAAGGGACUUUAAUUCCCUUUUCAAAUCUAUCUAACUUGUUUCAAUAAGUUAAAUCCUUAAUAAAAGCUGUCUAACUUGGUUCAACAAGUUAAUUCCUUCUUCUUUGUAUCUCCUUCUUCUUCGUAUUCCUUCUCCUUUGUAUCUCCUGCUUCUUGCUAUGGAUCCUUUUAGCCUAGAUUGUAGCUUUCAAAAUCUCUUAAACAACCAACACCGAAACACCUCCUUCUCCUUUGUGUCUGCUCAAAUCCCUAGUGUAGAACUAUCUGCCUCGGAUGAAGAGGUUGAGGCUGUGUCUGACCGCAAAGAGAGGCGCAAAUGGUCUCCAACAGAGGAUGUUGUGCUGAUAAGCGCAUGGCUGAACACCUCCAAAGAUGCAGUGGUCGGGAAUGAGCAGAAAGCAAUGGCCUUUUGGAAACGCAUUGCUGCAUACUUUGGUGCGAGUCCUAAGAUGGCUGGUAUGCAGAAGAGAGAGGGAAUGCACUGUAAACAGAGGUGGGCCAAGAUUAACGAGGGGGUAUGUAAGUUCGUUGGAUGUUAUGAAGCGGCAACAAAACAGAGAUCGAGUGGACAGAACGAGGAUGACGUUUUGAAGAUGGCUCACGAGAUUUUCUUCAAUGAUUACAAGUCCAAGUUCACCAUGGAGCACGCAUGGUUGGAGCUUCGCCAUGACCAGAAGUGGUGUGGAACACAAACUACAAAAGAUAAAGUUCAAUCCAAGAGGAGGAAGUUAGACGAUCUAUCGGCUCAGUCAUCAACUUCUGUUGCAGGAGAUGAUGAAGCAAUGGCUCGGCCAGAAGGUGUUAAAGCUGCAAAGGCUAGAGGAAAAAAAGGUGUGAGUAAGCCAGCGUCUCUGGAAGAAGAAGGAAAGGAGUUCAAGAGUAUCUGGGAGAUUAAACAGAGAGACUUUGAUUUGAAAGAUAAGCUUAACAAGCAGAAAUUGCUUGAUAGUCUAAUUGCCAAGACUGAGCCACUUUCGGAACUAGAAAUAGCUUUGAAAAAUAAGCUUAUAACCGACAUGUUGGCAAUCUAGUAUGAUGGUCUUUGUUUCUCUUUAGUAGCGGUUAAUGUUUCUCUUCAGUAGCGGUCUUUGUUUCUCUCUGUAUCAGUCUUUGAUGUUGUCUUGUUGUGUAAAAUAUCUGAUGUUGUCUUGUUGUGUAAAAUAUUUCCCUUAAUGUAAUCAGUGUUGUUUCUCUUGGUUCCAUGAAUAUUUGAUGGUGUCUCCUCGUUUGAUGUUUCUUUUUAUGUUUGUAUUGUCUUUGUUGCUGUCGCAGUGUUUGAUGUUUGCAUUGCCUUUAUGUUUGUGUUGCAGAAGCUCGUGACAAAAGAAGACACAAGUCUCAAGUCUCAAGUCUCGUGACAGAAGAAUCCGAAAGUCUCAAGUCUCAGUUCUCGUGACACAAUUCUGAAGUCUCAGUUUUUGUGACACAAGUCUCAGUUCUCGUGACACAAGUCUCAAGUUUCAGUUCUCGUGACACAAGAUGCCGCUAGUCUCGUGACAAGUCUCAUUUCUUGUUGUUGCUUGUGACACAAGAAGACAAUGUAUUUUCAUAUAUUCUUGUUAAUGUUGUUGUCACUCUUUAUAUAUUGAACCAAAACCGAGAUUGUAGCUUUCAUUCUCAACGCUUCUUUUAAAACCUCGAGAGAGAGCAACUCAUUCUCAACUCAUUCUCACUGCUUCUUUUAAUUACAAAGUCGAGAGCUUCUUUAAAUUAGAAAACCAAAUCCAAAACCCUUGAUUCUUUCUUUUUCUUCUCCAAAUAAACGAAACCCAAAAUACAACUUUCUUUUUUAUUCCUCUCCAAAUAAUCAAGAUAUUUUUCACAUUUCUUUCUUCACAAUUUUAUAAUGGCGUCUUCUUCUUCAAAUAAUUUCGAUGCUUUCGAUGAUGAAAUGGAUGAAAAAUUCGAUCAAAUUUUUUAUCAACACUACGAACAUCUCCUCGGUUGUCAUGAGAAUCGCCAAGAAGCAUCAAGGUCAAAGAAGAAACGAGCCUACAUUGAAAGACAACGAGAACAAGGACACAUGCAGUUAUGGAACGAUUAUUUUAGUGAAGAUGCAACAUAUCCUUCUCACAUAUUUCGACGCCGGUUUCGAAUGAACAAGCCCUUGUUCAUGCGUAUUGUUGAACGACUCUCCGCUGAAAUCCCAUACUUUCAACAAAGAAGAGAUGCUACUGGAAGGUUGGGUCACUCUCCGUUACAAAAGGCAACGACAGCAAUUCGUAUGAUGGCAUAUGGUUGCCCAGCUGAUGCGGUCGACGAAUACCUCCGACUUGGUGAGUCCACCGCACUUUUAUGCUUGGAACAUUUUGUUGAAGGAAUCAUAGAUUUAUUUGGAGAUGAGUAUCUAAGAAGCCCGACUCCAGAAGAUCUUUAACGACUACUCGAUAUUGGCGAGAUACGCGGAUUUCCCGGGAUGAUAGGAAGCAUCGAUUGUAUGCAUUGGGAGUGGAAGAAUUGUCCAACCGCAUGGAAAGGUCAAUAUACACGUGGAUCGGGAAAGCCAACAAUUGUUUUAGAGGCGGUAGCUUCACAAGAUCUCUGGAUAUGACAUGCCUUUUUCGGACCUCCAGGUACAUUAAACGAUAUUAAUGUUCUUGAUCGAUCACCGGUUUUUGAUGAUAUAUUACAAGGCCGAGCUCUAAAAGUUAAUUACAUUGUCAAUGGACACGAGUACCAUUUGGCUUACUAUCUCACAGAUGGUAUUUAUCCAAAAUGGGCAACUUUUGUACAAUCUAUUCCACUUCCGCAAGGUCCGAAUGCAUCCUUAUUCGCUACACAUCAAGAAGCUGUGCAUAAAGAUGUCGAGCGUGCUUUUGGGUCUUGCAAGCUUGAUUUGCCAUAGUCAAAAAUCUGGCUCUUUUGUGGGAUAAAAUAAAAAUUGGUAAGAUAAUGAGAGCAUGUAUCAUUCUACAUAAUACGAUCGUAGAAGACGAACGAGAUGGGUACACUCAGUUUGAUGUAUCAGUUUUCACACAACCGGAAUCAAACCGAAGUUCCCAUGUGGAUUUCACGUAUUCUACAGAUAUGCCUUCAAAUCUCGGCAAUAUGAUGAGCAUGCGGAAUCGAGUUCGUGAUAAAACAAUACAUCAACAAUUGAAAGCUGAUUUGGUUGAGCAUAUUUGGCAAAAAUUUGGAACAAAUCAAGAUUUCGACUAAUUGGCUUUUUUUCGUUUUCAAUUUGUAUUUGUAUUUUUCAUAUGUUUUAUGUUUCAAUUUGUAUUUGUAUUUUUCAUAUGUUUCUAAUUAAAAAAAAAUUAAAAAAUAAAAAUUAAGAACUCCUAUGGGGUUCUCCCAUUGGAGAAAGAAAAAAUUAAUUCCAAUACCCAAGAUUCUUAACUAAUCAAAUCACCAUAAAACCCACUAAUUUAAUCAUUAGGACUCCUAAUGGGUGGAGUUGGUCUAAGCUUGUUGGCAAAGGGAGAAGAUAGUUACUGCUUUUUUUUAAAACUUGGUCUUAUUUGUUUGUAUAUCAAAUUAGAAAUUUAUGAGAAACUUUCUUAAUUGUUUCCUUUAAAAUUAUAUUUGAGCUCAUUAGAUUUAUUACUGACCAAGCCUAGGAAAUAAUAAGUGAGGAAAACAAAAACGAAAUGACUCGUAGAACAAAUGAGGUCCGAAACUGUUAAUUUAAGCUUAGAAAAAUAUAAAAUCUUAAUGUAAGUAGUAGUAGGCAUUGGUCUUGGCUACUCCCCUAAGCUAAGCAUUGCGAGCCUUUCUCAUGGUCCGCCCAUCGUCCUCAAGUCCUGCUCGGCUGCUCCCUCGGCUGUGCUUUCACCAACCACAUGACAUGUUCAUAGUAGACAACACUGCUAGCGGCUGUAGCUUUCCCAAGCACUCCACAGCUCGCCAGCAAAGCUUCGUUCGCAAGGGAGACCUUGGUGACAUUACUGGAGGGCUUAGAUGUAACUACUCUAGGCCUGCCAUCUCCAAGGUUAUUAUCAUCACCCUGCGCAUAAACCCAUAUAAGAGGAUGAACAACAGAACUAUAAUUUGAGAGCAAGUUUAGAAAGUGGUAAAGCCUACAGGUGGAGCAAAGUUUGGAAGUGAUGGACGCUGAUUGCCGGUCAAAGAUCCUUGAUAUGGUAAAGGACUGAUGUUUUGGGGAGAAUUUGGAUGGGGAAAGCUUCAACUGGAAAGUGAAAGUGCAUCCAACCAUAUCCUUCAAGCACUGUAGCAGGGAUCUUUGCUCGGGGUCCUCCCCACCAGGGUCCUGCACCAAGAAAGCAUUUACAUAUUAAGUAGUGUUUAUGAAUUUUUUUUUUUUGAAAUAAUAACACAAUUAUUUAAGAGGGUAUGCAUAGAUUUACCAUUAGUUGUGCAACCUCUGAAGCAUGUGCAUUUGUUAGCUUAGUCAUUUCUCCAUCAAAGGCAACAAACCCACCCGAGUCUGUACCAUCUGAGACCGAAAACUACACACUUCACUUGCAUAAGUAACAGCAUGUUCAUUGUUUAGGUUUAUUGAGUUAAAUAAUGCUUACCAUUGCAGUAUUAUAAAUGAAAAUAUUUCAGUUUAUGCAGACAAACACCCAACUAUAUUUUCAUUGUGGCAUGCUGCACAUGUGAAUGAAGAGAAUACACGUUGAAGCUUCCUAUAGCAUUUGGAGCAGGAGGUGUAGCACCACCCAUUUUCAGUGUCAAUACUAUAAACUUCAGUGCAGGAGAACUCCACCAACUGUCGUAAUUUUAGAUUGGUUACCAUUUUAGAAAUACAAACAUCAAGCAGUAAUAGAGGAGGACAUAAGUUAACGUGUGCACCUUUGGGCCCGAGUUCAGAACAUAUGCAUUAAGCUCAGCAGCCGUCACAGUCUCUAUCUUCUAAACACCUUCGUACUUGAAAAAUAGUAAAGUAAAAAUGGGUUCUUGUCGUAGUGUUUAGGAAAAGACGACCUGUCUGAAUGGAAAAAAUAAGCACAUCAGGAGUUGCUAAGUGGAAUUGGUUUAUUUGGAAAAUUUGUCAGAGAAACCAGAUCCUCCGACCAACUUAGGAUUGAGGUUAGUUGCGACGAACACUUUUGGCUCAACACCUGAGACCACCAAUUUGUUAUGAAGGAGAGUUGCUAAACCAUCAAAAUCACUGACACAAACAGCUGGGCCUCUGGAUCAUCAGGGACUGCAACCAUAAAAAACAAUCAAACGUUAAACAUCGACUUUUAUCCAAUGAGCUAAAGAAUCAAAAGAUUAAGACACUGUAGCGUUAGAAAGCAAAAUUUCUUCAUAAGUUAAAAGAAACACAGAUUCAGCAGAAUCAAAUCACCUUAUCGCCUACCUAAACCAUAUUGUUCUCCAUAAGCUCCCCACUUUUCUUGACAUUCCUAGCUUCCAAGAAACGGAAGAGACGGGUAACAAUAGUCUCCUUACACCGACCAGCCUUCAACUCAAACAGAAGCAAUUGAAGAUUCGCCAUUUUAGAAGAUUUCGAUAAGAGAAGAAGAUAAAGAGACCAAAUGAUGAGCUAAGGCCUCUUAUUUUGGUUGCCAUUUUAGAGAAGAAGAUUCACACUAACAGAUCCUUGCAUGAGAAUUGACGGUUCAAAAGGACUAAAACAAAAGAUCGGACAUAUGGAAUAUCUGUUAUCAUGGUCAGGAUUAGUAGGAGACUAAUGUGAUUACCUUCUCGUCAAUAAGUAGCAUGUCAAGAGUCAUUAGUUCACCGCCUUUCUUCAUGCUCAUCAUUGGAGUUUCUAAUUAUCAAGUAUACUCUUCUCGAUUUGGUUGAAGUUUUGUUGUUUAUCGCUGGGAGAUCGGAGAUUUAUAGUCAGACCUUCCGUCGGUUAGGAUGAGUCCGACUGAGAGUGGGGUAAUGAAUUUAAAGCUCAGGAUGAAAGACUUAUUAAUGCAAAACUGGAAACGUUACGUUGAGAUGAUCGACUGAAGAGGUUUCCUGCAAAUGUUUCUCAGAAAUUCAGAAGGUGAUGCUAACCCUAUAUUUUAAUGUGCCAACAAAUAUACAAAACAAAUGGGCAAAUGGCCCAGCACAUAAUAAUAAAAACGAAUGAUCCAGCCGAUAAAAAUUUUCAAAAACAAAUUGAUAGAAGAAUUUUUAAGAAUGCCACGUGGAGGUUUUUGCCCCAUGCUCACUUGCUGAGGUGGAGAGCUGUGGAGAGACGCAAGCCUAUUUUAUUGUAAUAGAUAGAUAAGUUUAGUUGACAAGAAUUUAAUGUUAAGCUUAGUAACACAAGCUUGUGAACCAAGUGGAGACAAUAAGGUGAUGGGACAUUGUCCCGAUUUGCCCGGUUUGGUGAGGCAGAUCUGGAGUUCGGCCCGGUUGGUGAGGCAGAUCUGGAGUUCGGCCCUAUCCAUUUCAGCUCGUGAACAAGGGAACCCGACAAACAUUCACACUUUUUGAUUAGUGAUUAUAUAUAUAUAUAUAUAUAUACUAUGACUAGACACUAUUAAAUUACAACUCUUGGUUUAUUUAUUUGAAGGUCUCAUUGUUUCUCUCUGAACUUUCACUACGUUAACUAAUUCGGAAAGAUGUUCUUAGAAAGAGACUUAGCGUUAAUGGUCCCUUGAGAUAUGGUGGGAUCACUAACAACGUGAAUCAAUUACUUGUAUCGCAUUGACAUGUUUAAGUAACUAUCGGAGUCGAAAGUCUUGUUCUAACAAUCUAGUAGAUUUUGGUAUUUGUGUUAGUGGCUUCGUAUGAACAUAUUCUCAUUAAGUAAGAGUUUCAUCCAACACUUUGUUCAACAUGCAUUUAAUCUCAUCUUGUGCAAACAUCAGUGCGGAUGUUGUAGCUAUGCAAGCUUUACCACUAUGUGUCUACAAUGACAAUUGACUUGGAUGCACGUUUUGUUUUGUAUUUAUUUUCUUUUAAUAAGACAUUUUGUGGGUCAUAAAAUUAUAAGCAUUCUUCUAUGAAAAUAUGAAUCUUGUUAUUAGAUCACUUAAAAGUCUUAAACCAUAUUAAACAUUUGUACUCUAUAGAAUUGAUUUUUUUUCUAUGGAAUGUCUUGUUAUCAAGUACCAUACAUGGUGGGACAUUGCCUCCCAUAUCUUUGUGGCCGAGAUAUGGUUGGAUAGAACUUAAGCAGGAGUGGACCUGAGAUUCCAGUGAAACACCCGACACGACUUACUCUCCUCUAAAUCACUAUACCCAACACCCCACUCUGUCUCAUCUGAGGUUUCAGUGAAAUAACUGUCACGUCUUGGUCUACUUACUUCCGAAACAUAUGAAACAAACAAAGCUGACACUAAAGUGUAGCUUUCAUGCAAUAUCAAAUAUCAUCUUCUCACUUGUAAGUUGUUAGAUAUAGCGGACAUAUGUUUGCAUAUUGUGCAGACCUCAUUGAGAAGACAUUGUGAUGCAGUGCAUGAGUCGUCUUAAGAAUUUGGUUAUAUGUGGGUGACUCUCAUGUGUUUUGCAAUUAUUUUGUUUUAGAUGAGGAAUCUCUCCUCCUGUAGAUUGAUCUUAAGUACUACUUGCACACAUGUAAGUAAUAACAGAGAAAACCACGAUGCUUUAUUAAAGAUCAUUACUAAAAUCAGAUUUUGAGUUUCUUGUUCGCACGUUAUUUCUGAGAGUUAUGAAUGGUCGUGAAAAAGAGAAGUCUGUUCAUGUUGGAAGAGCUGUGAUAGGUAUUCAUCAGAACGAGAAGAGCAAAUAUAGAGGCAUGAGAAGAAAGGCUUUAAGAGAACAUUUAAAAACGAAUAGCAAACAAAAGCACAUCACUAUAAUAUAACCUCACGUCUAACAACUUGGUGUUAUUUCAGGUCCUAAAAAUUGGUAAAGUAGGAAAAAGUGUUUCCACAGCCUCAUAGUGCAUCUAUUAUACCACCACCACUUCAACAC